AUGUCACUAGAUGUAUCGCUUGCCACUAAGGGAAUCACCAUACUGACACUCAAGUACACAACUUGGUGUACGGCUGAAUUUGGAUUGCAAAAAACAUUAUUCCUGUUCCUGUUAGCCUGCUCAGAUACUCUUCCUGUGACUACCUGGUCCUGCAAGACUUCCAUGUCUAGUAGUGACAAUCCUGUUCUCCCGUGUUCCACUCGACAACAUCCCGGAGCAACAUUGAAUCAAGUCGACAAUCCUGAACGGAUUAUUUUUCCCACCCGCCCUCAACAGCCAGCUUCACAUCAGAUUCCAUCUGCAACUUUUAUUGACAGUCCGAUACGUGCAGCCUCAGCUCCUCCAGCCCCUGAUCAUACUAUCCGUGGUCCUCCCUUGAUACAAUCAAAGUGGGAUCUUAUUGUUAAUCCCCCCAAUCCUCAAGGAUAUCUGGUUGUGAUGGCUACUUGGCCUUUACCAGGCAUCUCAGUAUCAUUGGAUCAGCUCUCUGACAAUUUGGUUCCAGCAGCUUCCCAACCUUCGUUACCGCGUCCUAAACCGCGACGUAGUGUUCCUGGUUCCUUCGAUCCUCAGUUAUCCAUUCUCGCAUCUGAACCUAGCUCGACAACUCAGGUCAUGGACCAACAAUCUUCUUCAUUAACUCAGGAUGUCAACGUUGCUCGUACAAAAGCCGAGAAUGAGCAACUUUGUCAGGACAACGUGAGUCUGCGCGCGGAGAUGGGCGACAUUUGUCGACUCCUAGAAAACCUUUUGGCUCAACAGAAGCCACCGGUGGGUGACGUGACGGGCGGGUCUUCUGGGGACGCAACAUCAACUCAACGACCACCACACGUUGACCCUUCCUUAGAUCAUGGCUCUCAAACUGCCCAGAUUUUUACUUUGACACCGGUGGUCAAUAAUCAAGGAAACCUUUUCCAUGUACCAGCUUCUCUGCCUUCAGUCCCUGAAACGGCCCACAUUCCUAUGAUUUCACAUGUCGACUUGUCAAAGUUUCGGGCAAGCGAUUGGCCUCAGUAUAAGGGCGCCUUUGGUGAUGUGGCUGCGUUUAGGUUAUGGCAAUACCAAAUGGAAUCCAUCUUUUGGAGGACCUUUGUGGGUAAAACGUGGGAGCAGGUGAUGGUCAAGAUGCAGAGUGUUGUUUUACCGGUAGGAUGGGAUGAAGCGGCCAAAGAAAAAUUAAGGGAACUCACAAUGAAGCCCAAUGAGUCUUGCACUGCUUAUUGUGGGAGAGCACGUUUAAUUCAAGAAGAGAUCGGCGUGGAAGGGUGUCCAGAUGAGACAUUGGCGUAUGUGGUGGUAGGUGGUAUGGGUGGUACAUUUAAAGCGUGGGCAAAGAUGGAGAAGGUGGUUCAGAAGAGUCUUGAUGCGACAGGAAGGUUUUCGUUCCCAAUCUUCGAAGAGCGUGUAGGGAGUAUCUGGUUAUUAACUCAAGCCAUGGAUGCAUUGGGUUCUAAUCAAUCACAAUUGUCAGAAGGUCGUAAUUCAUCGACUUCUGCUCCGGCGCCGAACAUCCAGAACCAGUUUCAGUCAAAUAACGGCACUCAACCUUUUUUUCGUCCGGCCUUGUCUUCUGAAGAAAUCAUGGCACGCAAUGUUUGUUUUGGGGCAUAUAUGUGUUUGAUUGGGUUGUGUCCAAGGUGCAAAAGUCCUUGUGAUAAGUGGCUAGGUGGUUGUACGGCAAAAGCAAAUACUGCAUUCUUUUCGGUUCCAAUCGAGUUCCCGCGAGUUGUGCCUUAUCCGCCUCCAAAAUCAAUCUCGGGUAAUGUUGUUGGGCGUUCAACUUCAACGAUAGGUACACCAAGACUGGUUCCUCGUAAGGUGGAUGUAGCAGCAGUUGAAAGCGGGGGUAGUGCUGUUGUUGCGGAUGUGGGUGACUUCCCGGAUCUUGGUAGAGUAGAUCUGGCAGCUUAUGAUGCGUUGGUGGCCAAGUUGAAUAAACCAACUGAUGAAGUACGCACCUCUUCUCAAUCCUGUUGA